AUGCUGUUAUAUUUUUUUCUUUUAUUUCCUUUCUAUAUCUAUGUUUUAUCAUCAAAACAACGUCACGAUACUGUAAAAUGUUUUAGUUGUAUGUCAAGAUAUUAUGGAGCAACAUGGCAAUUUGCUGGUUAUUCACGUAUGUAUCAAGAACCUCGUGCAUUUACAGACCAUUGUCAAGAUCCAUAUAAAAGAGGUGCUGAGAUACCUCCUAUAACAUGUGAAACAAAUGAAAAUUGUCUCACGAUUGUUGAGAACCUUCGAAUUGGUACAGGAGCCAGAGGAUUUAUACGAGGAUGUUUUUCUUCUAUAUUUCUUUAUGGAUUUAAUAGAUCUACUCCAGCAUUCAAUUUAAAAAAUAUUAAUUUCUGUCGCACUUUUAACAUGUCUCAAUUAAUAAGCACAGGAGGUAAUGCAUUUGAUUCACAAAUGCAUGUAUGUUCGUGCAGAGGUAACAUGUGUAAUGCUGCUACAGUUUCAUCGUCAUCAUCAUUAACCUGUAGAAUACAAUAUCUUUUCAUUUUUAUAAUUUUUAAUGUACUAAUUCUUUUUUGUAUUAUUUUAUAA